CCGCUUCCGCAACCGUCGAGUCGAAACGCUUUGCCGCCAGUUCCAGAGUUCCACAUGCACAACGGAUUUCGAUUCCACUUGACGAAAAGAGCGAAUCACGACCCGCCUGCCUUUCGAUUCCAGCAAUCCGCUCAAGGCAAGAAUCCAACGAUGAACCCGUGUGGUGGCUGGGGUCCUUCCUCGUCCUCGUCAGACCUGUCCUCGUCAGCCUGUUGGCCCGUGAAGCGGUACUGCCGGCGCGAAGGACCCGCCUGGGUACCCGUCGAUGACGGCUCAGGGUCUUACACCUUGCAGUGCCGAGGUGGUCAGCUAAUGCUCUCUCAAAGUGGAACCGUUCUGGAGUCCUUGCCAUUGAGCAACCACACUCAAAUGCACGGCAUAUCGAAAGGGGAUACUCUGCUGAUUGCAGUGCGACAUCAGACCACAGGCCGUAAAUUCAAAGUGCGCUUUUCAUCUCUACAGACCUCAAAAAGCUGCGUAAAAUAUCUACAAAAUUUCUUCCCCAUGAAGGAUAUAACAAAGCCAGAAGAAAGUGUACCCAUUCCACUCGGUGAAAUGUAUGAACAAUUAAUGCAUACAACACCAACAGAUUGUGUCCCAAAUCCAGACCCAAUACCUCCAUCAUUUCCUCUUGAAGAGACGCUGCAAAUGUGUAUUUUAGACCCUUCCUUUCCAAACCUGGUUGUAAGAGUUGCUGAUAUCUUGUCCAAGUUUGAUCAAGCAAGAGAAGUCGAUGGUUAAAAGACACAACAAUGUUACUAUUGAAAAUUUAAUUUGCAAUUUUGUCUUAUAAAUAGUUUUUUUUUUCUUUCUCUGAAAUAUAUAACAUCCCAAUGACAACA